CUUCGCUGCUCUCAUACCUUUGUUAUUUGCUCACUGCCAAGAUCAGAGAAGAGACAAAGAAGAGAGCGAGCCAGAGACACAAGGCAGAAAAGCAACACUUCUUCUAAACCUUUCAUUUACCCCCCCUCUUUCCACAUUUGGCUUCACUGCAGCGGAGCUGCAAGCGGCAAAGCGUCCAUCUCAUGUGGAUCUAGAUUGGGGUGUCCUGUGUUGGCAUUUGCCCCUGAAAAAGCAGACUGAUCACAACCGGCUAACUUCCGGUGCCAACAAGCAGAAACUACGCCAGCUACGAACGGCCAUAGCGUUUGGUGGCCACCAUGUCGUUUCAUCAUCCCUUCCAAGAAGCACAGUUUGACCUUUUCGACUGGUAUCCCGCAUAUCAGGCCUGUGCCUCUUUUUUCCUCCAGCGUGGCCAGCAUUCAAGUGAAGUUCAAGCUGUUGCUGCCAUCAUCAACAUCCGAUUACCAUUCCAACAAACCCCAACCUCCUCCGCACCAUCUUUUGGUUCCGCUACAUCUGCGCUUGGUCUUCCUGCCCCCAACACAAACAUCUCUCUAGUGCCCUACGUUCGCCGUCUAGUCGCUACCGGAUUCGACACCGCCGCCAUCCUGCAUGGCUUCUUCGGUGAUUCCUGGGAUGCUGGCAUCGGCUCCAUACACCAGAACGAGCGAAGAAACUACCUCUUCGCAGCCAAGAGCGAGACUUGGUUGAGAGUCAAGACCAGCUACGACUUGGAGAAUGGCCAGACGGUGCCCUUCCUCCGCACCCUCCAAGGCGUCACUGAGGAAGAGAUACAGGCGGCCGAGGCGAAUUGGAGCGAGUGGCUCGCCAUGCAAGAUUGGAUGCUGGGACCUCGUGCUCUUUCUGACAACGGUCCUCAUCAUGUUAAUUUGAAUUGACCAGAAGACAAGCUCGGGGGUGUUUUCAGUAUGCAUAACCAGCAUCAGCCCAUGGCAGCUUAAUGGCUAUUAUAGUACGAGACAUACAGAGUUUACUUCUUUGACGUUAUUAAUUGGGAUUGGGAUACGCAUAAUAAAGAAGAGUAGCGACAUUCUGGGCCUAAUAAGACUUUGUUGUUUUACACUGUUCCGCCUCAAUUGGGGCGAUUUCAAUCAUGUUUGGCAAAGCCUAACACCUUGCCCAAAAUAGCAGAGAUGAAUAGUAUAGCUAGCAGUGUCCCCUUUAUUCCAUGUUGCUGGCAUAAUUUGUUUUCCCUUCGCCUUAUCAAAAAUAAUUUUUUUCUUCUUCUCUCUUUGUCUUUCCUUUUUUUUUGGCCUUCCCAUGCCUUGAGAAACUCCAAGUACUAUAUGUACAACACCCUCUCUGGCCUAUUCUUUUAUCACCAACCAAACAAAGAAGUGCUGGAGGCGAACAUUGGAUAUAAGCUAGCCUCCAUAUUAAUCACGGUCCCUUGCCUGAAUUUUCGCCCCUCCAAAGUCAUGAUAAUUCCACGACUGCCAGGGAAAAGUCACUGUCCCCAAUGAAUCCGCACGCAAAAAGUUCACGUUCCUUUUUUUCAUGUGUCAUGGUUGUAUCCCUAAGUGUCGCAUUAAGCCGUUAAUCCUAAGGCACCUUUGUUGCUUUUCUCUUCCGAGUAAAAUCAAAUAAAAACACUCUCGUCCGUUUACCAUUCCCGCAUUAUGCCACCACAAAGUUGAAGUGCGAUGGCAGACAGCACAACAAAUAAGAUAGAGAAAACAAUGGUUGAAGAAAAAUAAAUAAUCAAAAUAACGUAUUAAGCUUUGAGCCAAUUGCUUGACUUGCGUGCGCUGUCCACCUUAAGCCGGCUUUAUGGAUGAAAAUCGACAUGUCAUCGCUUAUCGUCAUAGUAGUAUUAGGAUCGACCAAAUAAUACCUUGGAAGGCAAGGCAGGUAUCAGUUGAGGAAACCUUUGCACGCUGCUGUACCACAUAAGCAGGGAAUACGAUCCAGACUGC